GUUUCAGAAACCUUUCCCAUGCUUACUUCCUCUCUAUAUCUCUCCUUAAACAAGAAAAUAAGUAAAACAAAAAAAAUAACUGAUUAUAGAAAUUUUUUUAUCCUCUCACUUGAAAAUGCAAGAUAUUCAUGAUUACUCGACGACCGGAGGCGGCGGAGGAGGAAGCACAGGGAGGUUUUACGGUGGGGGAGGAGGUGGCGAUCGGAGGAUGAGAGCUCAUCAGAACAAUAUUCUUAACCAUCAUCUCAAGUGUCCUCGUUGUAAUUCUCUUAACACAAAGUUUUGUUACUACAACAACUACAAUCUCUCUCAGCCUCGACACUUUUGCAAGAACUGCCGUCGUUACUGGACCAAAGGCGGCGUCCUCCGUAAAGUUCCCGUCGGAGGCGGUUGCCGGAAAGCCAAACGUUCCAAGCCUAAGCAGGAUCAGCCUCCGUCCUCCGCCGACAAACAACCGACUCAAGAAGCCGAGGAGAAAUCAAGUAGCAGCGAGAGCUCUUCUCUUACCGCCUCUAAUUCCACUACCGCCGCCACCGUGAAGCUUGCUUCCUCGGGGUUUACGGGCACGGAUAUGCCUAAUAUCAAACAGUACGGAAACGGUGUCGUAUGGUCGACGUUGUUCGGACAGGGCUCAUCGGACGGUGGAGUUUUCUCCGAGAUCAACGGUAUUACCGCGGCGAUUGAAACGACUCCGUUUGAAUACGGGGGUAGUUCCGUGAAUCAACAGUGUAUAGGUGAUCAUCUAAAGUUUGCAGGUAAUACUGUACAGCAGCAGUUUGGGGAUCGAACGGCUCAGGUUGAUCCUAAUAUGGGAUUUGAACCGUUGGAUUGGGGAAGUGGCGGAGGAGAUGAUCAAACACUCUUUGAUCUAACGAGUACCGUUGAUCAUUCAUACUGGAGUCAAAGUCAAUGGACGUCGUCCUCUGACCAGCAAGAUGAUCAGAAUGGUCUCUAUCUUCCUUAAUUCUCACAGCUUAUUCUUCUUCUUAACCCAAAAUAUACACAUAAGGUAAGGUUUGAUGAAGUUAUUUUAUUUUUACGGGGUCAAAUUCGGGAUUUAACUAUAUAAAUAUAUGACUUUUUGUGAAUUAUUCAUAAGUAUAAAAUUUACCUCUUGGUUCUUAGUUUGUUGAAAUACCCUAAGAGUGCAAAUUUAUGUGGAAUGGUUUUAAUUUGGCUUCGGUUUACAUAUCGUUUUAUAUUUGAUCAGAUUUUAAGUUUUUGGGAUUUUUUCUCUCUAAUGAUGUGUCUAGUAAAUUUAUAUGUUGAUUGGUCAUACGAGACAUUGUCUACUGCUUCUUUGAUAUGUGUGUACUUUUGUUUAAUU